AUGGUUGCAACUGCAGGCUGCGGAGAGAAGGCCAAACAAGCUGCUGGACAUAAGGUGUCCAAACCACUGAUGGAGAAGAAGAGACGAGCUCGUAUAAACCAGUGUUUGGAUGAGUUAAAGUGCCUCCUGCAGAGCUACUACAGCAGUAGCAUCCGAAAGCGCAAGCUGGAAAAGGCUGACAUCCUGGAGCUCACUGUGAAACACCUGAGGAGCCUUCAAAAGACUCAGAGCUGCGCUGCUGCCGCCUCGGACUUUCCUGAUUUCCAGCUCGGGUUCCGCAGCUGCCUCACCCACGUGCACCAGUACCUGCUGAUGGCUGACACCCUGCCCGGCGGUGAGCGCUGGGCGCUGGCGCAGCUCUCCCACAGACUGUGGCGCUGCCGGAGGAGGAGGAGGGAGGAGGAAGAGGAGGCGCGCAGCACCACGGACAGCGGCCCGGACCCAGCUGACGCACAGAACCAGAGCGCAGUUGUGCAAAACGGAGCUGGGGGGGAACAAACGGUUCCACGUGAAGCGCAUGGACUCCGCACUGCACCCACAGCUCCUUGUGCGCAGAGUGAAGACGCACGCCAGUCACGUGACACCAAACAACUUGUUGCGCAAAACAGCCGAGAAAGUUCCGCUCACAGAAACUCUGAGUGCAGUGAAGCUGAGCAGAGUGUGUGGAGGCCUUGGUAG